UAAAAAUGACUUUAUUAUUUUCAUAUGCGACGUAUAUAUAAAUCUUAGAAAAUAUAUAUACAAAUACAAAGUUACAUUUUGUAUACAAAUAUUAUUGAUCAGCCGGUGCUCGACUUUCGUUUCUUCUCGACUCGAAAUUUAUAAUUAACCGCAAAGUACAACCGGCGUUCCGCGACAAACUGUUGCAAAUGCUAUUCAUAACACGAUCCUCUCUCGUAGGAGUGUUGAUGUUUUUCUGCAUAACAAGAAAUAUUUGUGCCCAAGUUUAUCGGAACAUGUCGAGUGUCGCUGGGGUAUAUUCUGUGGCGUAUGUCACGGUACCGAAUGAUACAGUUGCGAAGAAAAUAGCACGUGGCCUGGUGGAAAAUAAACUCGCUGCCUGCGUCAACAUCAUUCCACAACUUACUUCCAUAUAUGAAUGGGAAGGGAAAAUACAAGAGGAUCCUGAACUUUUAUUAAUGAUAAAAACUAGGACAGAGAAAGUAGAUGCGCUAACAGAAUAUGUAAAAAAUAAUCAUCCAUACACAGUUUGUGAAGUAAUUUCUCUGCCUAUACAAAAUGGAAAUGGCGAUUACCUGAAAUGGAUCAGUGAAGUAGUACCAUCAUUUGAUAAAAAUAUUCAGGAAAAGUAAGAUACAUAUAAAAUUCAUUCAAUUCAAUGCAGGAAAUUCAUUAUUGUUAUUUUCCUUUCCUAAGAUUAUUUUACUAUAAUAAAUAGAUAACAAUUCACACAAUGACUUGGAUGUAAUAGUCUAGGCAAUACAUAGAAUGUAUUUGAGAAGUUUCUUAUUAGAAGAUUCAAAUUCUUCCCUUGCUCUAGAAUAUUAAUCAUUAAAUCUGCUAAAUAACAUUGAUCAGUCAAUCAAAAGAUCUAUUGUACGUAUACAUCUUAACAUAUCCUUAAGCAACAAUGUCACUUAUCAGUUGUAAUAUAGUGUAAAAAUUUAAUUUUCAGACUUCCUUAGAAUAAGGCAUAUCAAUUUCUUUAUAUGUGAAUAAAUUUGUAAUAUAAAUAGAAAAAUAUUACUUAUUUUCUCUUUUUUUAA